CAAAACGGCACAAAAUAAUAAAUAGAAUUUAGUUUUUUACUUUAUUCUUCUGGUAGAAUAAAAUAUGUGACCUGUUAUUCUCCUUUUACUCAUAUCUGGUGCUUUCAGGAGUGAUUGUGUUCUGAAGUUGUAUUGUUUUAUUAUUGCUUCUAUUAUUAGGAUUAAUAUUAUUUCUUAUUUUAUUAUUAAUUCACUCGUAAAUUUUAAUAUUAAAUAACUUAUUAAAUUUGUAGACUGGAUCGUGUAUUUUGUGUUAUUUGAACCUGUCAGUAAAGCGGAGUAUAUUUGGUUUGGAGUUGACCCAUCACACGAUGUUAUUACAUAUUAUUUAUCAUCAAAUUGCCCAGACGCGAAUGUAUAAGUACUACAUAUUAUAAAUGUUGAUCACCAUACUGAAUGAUCGUCGCUUCAACGGUUCCACCUUAUAAACUUUCAGCAUGGUGGUCGUGCUGAACGGUGUUCUCGUGGACGAGUGCCCAACGUCCGUGAGAGCCCUCCUGGCGGCCCAUCCCGGCUACAGAGACGCGGCCGCACAGUUACUGGCAGCAGCAGCAAGAGUGGUCGGCCCCGCUGGUCUUCUGUACGUCGCGCAGAGAGAACUAGCCGCAGUAGUGCCGCAUGACAAAAACGUCAGUAUCAUAGGGUCGGAUGACGCCACAUCAUGUAUUAUAGUCGUUGUCAGACAUUCAGGCUCAGGUGCAGUGUCACUAGCACAUCUAGAUGGGUCCGGCACCGGAGAGGCGGCCGCCGCCAUGGUUGCACGGGUGCAACAGUUAGCAGUGGGCUACCCUGAAGGUCGACUCGAACUGCAACUGGUCGGUGGGUUCACAGACCCUCACCGGUACUCUGAUGACCUCUUCGCUAAUAUUAUGUUAUCAUUCCACCGUUUGACAGAAGAGAUAGACUUAACUCUCGCAUGCUGUUGCGAGUUGAACACUGCACUGGGCGGGGGGUCUCCCGCACCCCUUGUGACUGGCCUUGGUGUGGACAUCCGAGCUGGGGAUCUCUUCCCGGCGACGUUCCCUGACAAGGGGCCUGAACUACCCCUGCGUGGAGCGAGGAAUAUCACUGGUGGACCGAACUCUGGACAAGUUUUAGAUAUUUACGACACCGCCGUUGGAAUGCUACGCAUCGGGCCAUUCACUUACGAGCCGUUGAGAGGAGUUGACCUCUGGCUGGACCAGUCCGAUGACUUCAUCCUUCAGCACCUCAGUACUACGCCGGCUGUUGAAGCGCCGCAUUUCGUGCAUCAUAUUCGCGUUACCCUAAAGUUCAUCCAACAGCACCCGUUCCCGGCGGUGACAGUGUUCCCGGACAACCGACCGCAUUACUAUCGUCGCGACGAACAAACCGGUUGCUGGGUGCCCGUACGAUUCUAGACAAAGAAAAACAUUUUUAAUGUGUCUACAACUUGUAUAUUAAUGAGACUUUACAAGUUAAUUUUUCCUGGGACUGUGACAAAAGUAAUCAAAAAAAAAAUUAACAUUAUGGUUAAUUAUGCAAUGACUUCUCACUACUUAUCUGUCAUCGGUAAUUUGACAUUCGAAAAAAGACAAAACACUGCGUAACUUUGGAACCACUUGACUACGUUUAAAAGAAGGGGGUAAAAUUUGAUUGCUACUUUACCUUGCAUUAUACUAUACCUUUAAGUUGAAGAAGUUCAUACUAAUAUUCAAAUUAUCUUCUUUUUAUGGUCACGUUACUUGCAGCACGACCAUUAGGGAUUACGUGAUAGUUACGCGAUAGCUGUCUACUUUAUCUCAAUGGUAGAUAUAACUAUCGAGAUAAGACGAGAAUAAUCGUAGACAUUAUAAUUAUUAUAUCUUGGUGCGCAUCUCAGCACUACAAGGCCUCCAUUUAAUGAGACAUAACGCAAAAUUUUCAUAUAGAAAUUUUCAAUCGACAAAUUAGGAGUUCCCUCUUUUGAAUCCGAUAGGUCGAAGAGGUCGCUGCGGAUUGUUUAGUGAACACCAGUGGGCUACUGACAAGAUAUUUGUCAAGAAAACUUAAUUUUCGACCAGUCUUUAUUUAACGUUUUAAAUUUAAUAACAUAUUUAUGUUGUAAUGUCGUAAAGUCCUAUCUCACGAAAACAGCUCAGAAUCGGUUGCGGUAUGCACCGGUAUUGUUUACUUAGUUCAUUUGAUGUUAAAAUAAUGGCAGCACACAUUUGUUUGAAAUAGAAUAACUUUAAUAUCCGUUAUAUUUAAGGAAAAAAAUAUUCUAUGCACUUAUUUGUUAUUUUAUCAUUGAGUAUGAAAUGAAAAUGUUUCUUUGUUAACGUUAGAUUUGCGUUGCAAUCUUUUCAAUCAACUAUUACGUCAAUAAAUAGAAAAACUGUUCCUGACAUUUUCCAAUUAAAAAUGUAUCAUCAUUCCACUCUUAUUUACCCUAGAAAUUUAUGGACUAGCAAUUUUUUCUAGGGUAAAUUUUCAUUAGAAUUUAUAAUCUGUAAAUAUUAAUUAGGAUUUAAUUACUAUUUCGUUUAAGAUAAUUGUAUAUUUUGACAUAUCGAUUCUUAUGUAUUUAGUUGUAUUAAUUAUUGUCAUUGAAUUUGUUGUAUAUACUAAUUUUUGUUGUUAUAUUUUUUUCAGAAUUUCGUAAUUUAAUGUAACCAUGAUUAUAAACGUAGAUAUAAGAUUCUAAGAACGAAAAAUUAUCAUAUAAUUGACCAACAGAUAAAUUAUUGCCACCUCUUAGAACAUUUUAUCAUUACGCAUUACAGCAUAAUCUUGUAAGGAUCGCUUUAUGAAAAUACCUAACAACAGGCGAGAAAUCGCAUGUUAUCCCUAUAGAUAUCGAUAAAUUGAUGUCUGGGCGCGCCGAGGAAUCUUAUUGGGCAGACAUUCGCUUAUGUUGCAUACAUUAAGUUCAAAUCCCAUGACGUCAGCCCAUUCCUAAAAUUUGUAAUAAAUGGCACAUUUGCCAAGAAAUUGCUUAUAAUUUUGUAGGGUUCCUUUGUAUAAGAAAAUGGACAGUAUAAUUUUUAGUUAAUUUUGGGAAUUUAGAUGAAAAAAUUGUAAAUAUCAUAGUAAUUGAUUAAACAUUUAGAAUUAGAUAGUGGCGUUAUUAGUUACUUUUUUUAUGUAAUAUACUGAAUAUUAUAUUGAAAGUUUAAUACU